AAAUCAACAGGUACAGUUGGUCAAAUCCUAAUUUGUUCCAGUCCUUUUUAACCCAAGGUGUGCACAAACACACGUACAUCUCCGAUUAAGAACAUGACAACGAAAGCCUUGUACUUACGACAAGCCACCACUAGAUGAUGCUGUUUCCUUCUCGUUGACUUGUGGGAGUUGUAGAAUUAAUUAAAACACGAUUGUAGUUUGUGCUAGUGUUAAUAUAAAAUAUACGUUUAUAUGCUAUAUACGGGUUGAGUUAUGGUGUUAUUUUAAAAAGAGAUCUUUGGCAGGCAGCUUCCCGGCGGUGGGCGUGGUGUCGAGUAGGGAAAACAAGCCAAAGACGCCCCGUGACGCUGCGGUGCAUCAGUCGAGCUUCCCCCGCGGAGGAGCCAGGGUUCGCCCUCUGUGUGAGAACCGUGACUCGUUUUGCCUUCCGUCCCUCCCUCAGGUCGGAUGGCAGAGAGCCACACGCCGACCGGGGGCGUCCUGCGACUGUAAGCCGCUGUUGGGACACCAGAGGCGGACUCGUUGGCAAGAUGAGCGGCGGAGAAGUCAUCCUGCAGGGCUGGCUGAGGAAGUCCCCGCCGGAGAGGAAGCUGCGGAGAUAUGCGUGGAAGAAGCGCUGGUUCAUCCUGCGCAGCGGUCGCAUGAGUGGCGACCCAGAUGUCCUGGAGUACUACAAGAACGACCACGCCAAGAAGCCCAUCAGGGUCAUCGACCUGCACUGCUGCGAGCAGGUGGACGCCGGCCUGACCUUCAAGAGGAAGGAGUUCCAGGACAGCUUCGUCUUCGACAUCAAGACCUCGGACCGGACCUUCUACCUGGUGGCCGAGACGGAGGAGGACAUGAACAAGUGGGUGCGCUCCAUCUGUCAGCUGUGCGGAUUCAACCAGUCCGACGACAACCACCACGAUGGCCGACUGCAACAUCUGCCGCGUUCUGUGGGAGCAGAGGUGGGCGGCUCCAUGGCCCCGCUGAGCGGUGGCGGCGAUGUGCAUCAUCGCAAGUCGUCGGCCCCCGUCCACUCCAGCCAGCCCGUCCUGUUCACCUUUGACGUGCCGGCUCGCCACUCGCACCACAGCACCUUGUCCAACAGCGCCCCCCAGGACUACCUCCUCCUCCACCAGUGCAUGAGCAGGAAGACGGAGAGCGCACGGAGCGCCAGCUUCUCUCAGGCCACAAGAAGCAACGUCUUCCUGGGGAGCGACUCGGCGGUCCAGAAGCUGUCCCACGGCUUCUCCCACUGUCUGAACGGGAUGGGUGCUCAGCUGCACGGCUUCUACAGCCUCCCCAAGCCCGGCAAGCACCACCUCCCAGCCCCCGACGACUCCCCCCAGGAGGCCUGCUACGUUCUCCCGAGGGGCUACGGCGCCGAGGCCCUCGGCGGCCCGCCCGAGCUGGACCUGGAGAGCGAGGAGGUGUACACCUUCCAGACGCCUUGCAACACCUUGGCCUCCCACCCCAAUGAGCGUCCUACCGACAACUACGACCUCCCCACGCCGCCUGGAUCCUUCUACCAAAUCCCGAGGACGUUUGAUAAGAAUCACAACGCGCUGACACCGUCCAGCUCAGAGUCGUCCUGCGCUCCCCCUCCCAGACCUCCAAAGCCCGGCUCGGAUGGCCAGUGGGGGAGUCCUCACUCGCUGGGGAGCCAGAACGGAGAGACGUCGGUGGCGGUGUCUGUCAUCCCGCGAAGGAAUACUCUGCCAGCUGUGGAGAACAUCAGGCUGCACAGAGGCUCGUCCUUCCAAACCAGCAGCCAUCAGCGUCCUUUACAUUUCAACAGCUCGGGCCAGUCGGUGGAGUCGGUCAACGACGGCUUCAGCUCCUACCUGAGAGCCAGAACCCCACUGACCCGCUCAGACAGCGGCAACUCGGACGACAACUAUGUGCCCAUGAAUCCCGGCUCAUCGCCGCUGAGCGCCGCCCAAGCGGAAAGUCCCAAAAACGUCUACAUCCCCAUGAGCCCCGGCCCCCACCACUUUGACUUCCCGGGGUUCUCGGCGACGCUGCCGGCCCGCAAGGGGAGCAGCGCCUCCUUGUGUCAGAGACCGGGACGCCUCAGCGACGUCACACCGCCGCCCAUCAACCGCAACCUCAAGCCCAACAGGAAGUCCAAGCCAACACCUCUCGAUUUGAAGAACAACGGCUUCAUUGACGAACUGCCAUUUAAGAGCCCAGUCACCAUGUCUUGGACCCGGCCCAUGCCAGCUAUGAACUCCAUGUCCUCGCAGCGUUGUCGGCCCAUCUCGACCCAAAGCAUCACCAGCACCGACUCGGCAGACAGCGAGGAGAAUUAUGUGGCAAUGCAGAACCCAGCCUCUACCUCGCCGGCCGUGAGCGGCACCAGCAGCCCAGCCCUUCGCAAGUGCGGCAAUGUCGACUACCUGGCGCUGGACUUCCAGCCCGGCUCGCCCUGCGCACACAGAAAGCCGUCGACGUCGUCGGUGACGUCGGACGAGAAGGUGGACUACGUGCUGGUGGACAAGGAGAAGACGCAGGCCCUGCAGAACACCAUGCAGGAGUGGACCGACGUGCGGCAGUCUACCGAGCCCGCCAAGGGGGUCAAGUCUUGACACGGCGCACGCGCGGAAGGAAGCAAGAAAGACGACGAAGCCAUAAUGUAUCUAUGCCACCACUGACAGUAGACGUCAGUUGCAGGUGACUUUUAAGCAUCUAUGGAGCAAAUAUCAGCAAUGCCCCGCCCCCAGCUCUUGUUUUCUUGCACUAUGAGCAGGUACACACUGAAGGGCGACCCACCCAGGCGCCCACUAGCAAGCCAUAGUAGCCCAUUUUUGAACUUAACCGAUUACCUCCUGUGACCCUGCAUCAUUAUUACAUUGUUAUUACGCUCUUAUUACAUUUCACCCAUCUCAGCGUGGCUAAUGUCUUAUUCAUCUCACUUUACGACACUUCCACGAUAAAACGCUGAUCUCAAACACUUCCAACAACUCCCAACAUCCCCCAAAUGUCACCCCUCCCUUUUUGCUGAUGACCUGAAAUUGUCAUUUUUGCACCUGACGGGCAUUUGAGUGUACAGCAGAUGUGCCGCUGGCGAUGUGACUCAGAGCCUACCUGGAGGCCGCCCAAGAUCUAUGUUGCUGCUGGAAGGUCUUGGUCUUAUGCUACCACUCAAAUAUUUCCUCUUUUUACACAAUCAUGCAGAAGCAGCCACGACGUUGGCUUUCUGGGGGGGGAUACAGGCUUGCAAAGACACUUUGUGUUGAAGCGACGGUGCAGCUUUCACCUCACCCAGCUAGCACGCACUGACCUCACCAAGAUGGCCGACUGACUGUAAAUAUUCAAAAUACAAGCCAAGUACGAGCAUUCUUUAUGUCUUAUUCACCUUUUUUUCAACUUUGACUGCCCAGGACUUAAAAAAAAUAAGAAUUACAGGAAAAGUGCACUUUAUUGGGGAAUUUUGCCCAUCAUCCGCAAUCCUUAUGAGAGACAUGAACACACGUCUUUCUCUUUUCUGUGCCUUCUAAAAAUAUAAAAACCAGUGAUGUGUUAAAGGUUUUAUUGAUGAUAAACGCAGGCUCCGCCCUCUGACAGCUCAACUCACCAACAAGCUCAAGCUUUGUGCAAAAAUGGCCUAAUGAGUAUGGUACACUUUAAAAAGUAGUGUAUUUUAUAUAAUAUCAUAAAGAAUACAAGACAUUUAAUUCAUUUAUUAAUAAAAAAAUUCAAAUACAUUUAAAUAAAUUAAAUAAAUGCAAAUAAUUUAAUCAUGAAUUUAAGUAAUGGAACUACUAUACAAAUGACUGAAAUAUCAAAAGUAUCGAUAAUUUGAUUUGAGAACCAAUUUUAGAGCAUGAAAGCUUGUAUCAGAAGUAUCGAUAUUCCACUAUCGAUCCGCACAUCAAAAAAUCCAAACAGCUAAAAAGAGGCAGCUAAGAAUGCAAGUAAUGGGACACACCUCUUCCGCCUAGAAAGGCCUAUUAAAACACCUCCAAAAACCUCCAACAAGGAUGACGUUCAAAAUGAUGGGCAAAAUUCCAAAAAAGGGCACUUUUCCUUUAAGUGCACUAACUGCCUCUCUGACGCCAUCUUGUGUCCAUGAGUUGAAAUUGCCUUACUCAUGUCAGACAAUAUUUGCCUUGGUGAAAUUGGAAUUUAUUCAUGUUUUUUGAGGAAGAGCCAUCAUUUGGGACGCCUGAAGUCCAGUAUUUCAUUGUGGGCUGGAACCACUGGAACCCGCGCUCGCCAGCCGCUCCACUUCAUGUUUUUCUACCAUUUUUACUGCUUUUCUAUCUUUUUUUUAAAUCAUUUUUUUUACUCUUAAGUGCAAGCAGGUGAUAUUCCAAUGGAGGAGGAGAAGGAGGCUCAGUGUGAUUUCUGAGUUUUUACGUUCCCAGUCGGUGAGAGACGAAGCAAAGCCAGCCAAGGUGGGAAGCAAAUGAAAAGGAAAAAAAAAAAGAAAAAAAAAGAAAUCGUGAAGGAAAAGCUAAAAGGCAGAUGUGAAAUGAUGAUGUAAGUUUGUGUUGUUAGAUUGUGUCUGUGUGGAUGACGUACUGUACGUGUUGUUUCCUUUUUAACCACUGCUGUUGCUACUACUGUACUCGUGUCUUUAUUUAUUAAUUUAUUCGUGUGAGUCUUGAUAGCUUCAAAGCAGCCACCCGACGUCCAAUGUGUCUCUCACGCACGGGUCAAACGAUUAGGUACACAUGCGCAACGUCAAGGCAUCCAUGCACUCAUAAAACAAGCUUUUAAUGAUGGAAAAAAACAAAGUGUGACCGCGUCUGAUCCGCUCACGAGAGAACCCAAAAUAUUAGGAACAGCUCUCGACAUAAUGUCCUGCACUGCACGGGACAGAAUUAGUCAACUCUUGGCACCAUCGCCACUGCUUGGGCUUGUUGACAGAGUGCAGGUGUACCUAAUGAAAUGUCCAAUGAUGGUGGGACGCAGUAUGAGAGAAGAUGCCGGUGUGGUCCAAGCUCAUCAAGACUUUGUUAUUCCUGUAUCGUGUAAACUGUGGACGUAGAAUAAAUCAACAAGUCAACAUUUUGGUGCUUCGAGAGGUCAUUUAUACAUGAAUUGCUGGUCAUUGUAUUAACCAAAAACAGCCACCUGAAACGCCAGCGCCACGGCAAAAGCUUUGCCAGAGACCUCCGUAGCGGCACACCGGCUGCUCGGAGCAUGCGUCCGAAUACAGUGCACCUUGCUACAGCAGGUGGCUCGCUCCGUUCUAAUCUCUGGUUCCCCUGUCAACAGCGAUGUGGUAGUAGUGAUGUCAUGAUAUUUGAUUAGGAUGAAUCAACAGGUAUAGUUGGUCAAAUCCUAAUUUGUUCCAGUCCUUCUUACCUCCAGGUGUGCACUGAAGCAGAAAGUUAUCGGUAUUGGUUUGAAAUUAAAAUAUUCUAAAACA